AGGGUUCCCCGCUGAAGGGCGAGACAUGCGGUAGGAGCCAGCACAUCCCACCAAAGAGCGAGACUCGGUCGUGCCGCACAGCCUGGGGUGCAGCGGGAGGGACAGGACAUGCGCCGCAUCGGCUGCCUCCUCUCGGGAUUCCUCUUCAUCCUCGGUGUGACCAGCAUGGACGGCUUUGCCCGGGCAGGCCGCAGAGUCUGUGCCGCUGCGCCGCAGAGCCGGACGGCUGCCUACACCGAGUCCCACGUCCAGCCCGUCUACCAGCCCUACCUCACCACUUGCCAGGGCCACCGCCUCUGCAGCACCUACAGGACCAUCUACAGGGUUGCCUACCGGCAGGCGUACAAGCAGCUGCCCCAGCCCGUGGCCUCGUGUUGUCCCGGCUGGAGCAGAGCUAACAGCCACACGCUCAGCUGUGACAGAGCUCUCUGCUGGGUGCCGUGCCAGAACGGUGGGAGCUGCACCUUCCCCGGCAGAUGCGCCUGCCCGCCUGGCUGGACGGGGCGAGCCUGCCAGACAGACGUGGAUGAGUGUGCCGGCCAGAGCCACGGCUGCAGUCAGCUCUGCAUCAACACGGCUGGGAGCUACCACUGUGCCUGCCGGGAUGGCUUCAGACUCACUGCCGACGACAAGGUGUGCCAGCCCCUGGUGCCAGCGCCCGAGCCAGAAACCUUCAGCCAAGCAGGUCCCCCAAGUGAAAUGAAGGAAGAAAUGAAAGACCUGAAGAGCAGAGUGGAAGCGCUGGAGCAGAAACUCCAGUUGGUGCUGGCCCCCUUCCACAACCUCAUGCCAUCUGCGCCAGAGGAUGUUGGCACAGACCCCAUCAGCCGGCUGUCCCACUCCCUCCAGCAACUGGACAGAAUCGACUCCCUGAGCGAGCAGAUCUCCUUCCUUGAGGAGCGACUGGAGACAUGUUCCUGCAAGAAUGAACUCUAGCCGAGCACCCAAGGAACUGGAGCAAGAUGCACGCAUCCGCAGCUCUUCUCUCACUCUCCAGCCUCAGUCUGGGGCCAAAGCCACAUCAUCUACAGGAAGGCACAGGGCAGCAGGAGAAGGCUGGUUUCCCAUCAGCAUCUCCAUCAUUUUCUCUUCCAACUCACCUUAUCAAAGGCCACACAGUUACUUCCAAACUGGACUCUGAGCCCUCAGCAUCUCAGCCCCUUCCUGAUGGAGAGGCAGAAAAUAAAUGCCUUACCUCGUGCCAUUAGUGCCGGUCUGGCUGUGCCAGAGA